AUGGCACCUUCCAUGAUUCUCUCCGUCGCGGGCGCCUUGCUGGCCUUGGGCUCUGCAACGUUCUCAUCUGCUCAGAAUGGGGAGGGCCUAACAACAUACACGGUUACUCUUGGGAAAGAAGGCGAAUGCCUCACUGAAAUCGACGAGGCUCGUGAAGCUGCUGGGCUUGAAAAAUUCGUCCAACCAACUGCAGAUGAACCCAAAAAGCGGCUCCCUCUGGAUACAACCAAGGCUGCCUGGGAUCCUCUUUGCAAGGAUUUGCUCAGCGAAGGUGCGACGAGAAUUAGCCGUGAGGCAAUCAGCGAUUUCGAAGAAGGCACUUAUGCGUUUAAUAUCUUAAGUUCUUCAAAAGUCGACUGUAGUGAAACAGUGGACCACUGGAAGGGAGCGCACAAGAACUUCGAGGGGCUCCCGCCAACAUACAGCGCGAACGUAGAGGUUUACAAGGACAAGCUCAACGUUUCCUUUGUGGCCAUGUACAAUCCUUCGAGCGGCGCCACUGCAGACUGCAGACUUGCUACUUGCACUGAGGUUGUUGCGGAGGGAAGGAGUGGACCCGAGUCGCAAAACCGCCAGGCCUUCAUAUUCAUCUGCAUGACCACGCCUGAUAUACUCGUGGAUAACAAGGCUCCCUUCACACAAGAAGAAUGGAACAAGAUAUCAUCAGCUAUCACAGGCUCAGCCGCCGUCGCCUUCCCAAGCUUCAUAGUAGUUGCCAUGACAGUGCUCAGCAUUGCCAUGCUCUGA